UAUAUAGUAAACCCGGAAGUGGAUUUGUAAAAGUAGUAGUUGUUUGCAUUUUUCCACGCACAGUAAGCCACUCCAUAUCCAUUCUACUCUUCAGUCUCCUCUAGCUGUGAGUGAUACUUGACUUAGGGUCUGACUGCUUUUAGAAGGAGAAGAAAUGGCUCACUACUACCACCCAGGGCCCGGCCCACCUGGUGCGAGACCCGGACCACGGCCGCCUGCACCAAGAACUGCGUCUCAAGGUGCUUCACUGCCUCCUCCCCCUCCACCUGGACCACUGAAUAAGAACAUCCAUGAUGCCAUCCAGCAGUAUGAUAUCCCGACUUGUGAGCGGCUAGUCACAGAACAUCCAGAAUGUGUCAACGAAAAGGGUUGGUAUGGGUUCAGCCCAUUGCACCAGGUGUGCAUGCGAGGCCUUCCGCAGCUGAUGGAACUGCUUCUAGCACAUGGAGCCGAGGUGGACGCAACCAAUGACUAUGGAGAAACAGCGCUUCACUAUGCGUGUAAGAGAGGAAUCCCUGUGUUUGUGCACCAGCUCAUAGAGAAAGGGGCGUCGGUGAAGACAACAGACAAGAAGGGCUGGAAUGCCAUGCACCAUGCUGCAUCUGGGGGAAGCGUUCACAUCAUGCACUACUUGUCAGAGGUGUGUGGACUGGGCUUUCGAGACAAGGACAGUAACGGACAGACCGUGAUGCACAUCGUGUGCAGUGGACUUGCCAACCUGGAGGCCUUCCAGUACUGUCUCAGAGAACAGAGGUGCGACCCCACCCUGCCCGACCUGGAGGGAAACACCCCCCUGCACCUGGCAGCAAAGAUGGGCCAGGGGGUUUUCUCUUGGAUUCUGCUCACCAUCUGUGGCUGCCAGAUGCUCCAGGUGCCAAACAGGCAAGGACAGCUGCCUGUAGACCUAGCGCGGCAGGGAAACACCUUUAAGCACAGAGAGGUAGCGAGUACAUUGUCGUACUUUAUGAACAGGAGGUCCAAGGACAACUCAGUUACUGGACCAGUCGGUGCCUGGUGGGCGCUGCUGCUCACGCCCACUGUUGUACCGGUGUUCGCCUACUCCCUGGAACAGUGGAUCCCAUUUUAUGGCAGUCUGAUGACUGUAAUUGUCUUGGGUUUGAUGCUUAUUGUGGUCUUCCGACAGACGCAUCGCUUACAACAUGUAACACGAUGGUCCAAUCCUACCUACAUUGGUGCCUUUGCUGGGGGUCUCUUCCACACAGCAGCUUGUUUCUACUGCAAAGUUCUACCAGCAAUCUGGCCACAGUUGUUCCUGAGUGUAUGUGGUGUGGCUGGCACCCUUAUCUGCUUCCCAAUGUUCUACAUACUAAUCAGAUCAGAGCCUGGGUACGUCAAGAGGCCGAAGGUUAAUGAGGAAGGCCGGACCAUGACUAUCAAGGAUGUUGGGGAGGGGACCUGCGGUUUAACCGACUUCUGUGGAACCUGUGAGAUGGUGAAACCAGUGAUGGCUAAACACUGUAAGCUGUGUGAGAAGUGCGUGUCAGGGCUGGACCAUCACUGCCUCUUCCUCUACAACUGUGUGGCUCGGAACAACCACCGGCUCUUUGUCACAUUCAUCGAGUUUGUGUUGUUAGCUCAGGGAGCCUUCGUCUGCAGCGCAGCCCUGUACUUCUGGGAAGUUUAUUCCACUAGCACCAUGUGGGAAGCAAUCCCGGCCAUCCUGACAGGAGACGUGUGGGUGGCGAGUCUACUGCUGGUGAACUGUCUGUGUCUCUUCUGGGGGUGCAACCUUCUGGCCCAGCAGUACAGUGUUGUCCUGAAGGGUUACACCACCGUGCAAUCACCUCCCACCCUCAUGCCCAUCAACUUCACCUUGAAGGGUCAAAUCAACAACUUGGUCAACUUCUAUCUGCACAGGAGGCCCCAUAUAGACUAUGAUGUGGAGCCAGCCUGGACAUGACCAUUAGUUUGUGUUGCAAAGGCACUAACUGCAAUAGCCAAGUAAUAUGCUAUAUAAUAAAUUUCCUAAGGGUUGUGGGAAUUUAAUUUUUACAGUAGGUAGAACACAAGAGUAUAACAAGUGCCUCAAAUGCAACCAGGUGGUUUAGUUCGACAUGGUGUAGAGGUCACCAUGAUGAAAAUUGUGAACAUAAAGCCAUCAUGAAAAUUUUCAGUAUUAAACUAUUCAGUUUUUGUCAUGUGUGAAACAUUUGUCAGUUAAUUAUCUGCUCUCCUACACUGCAUGCCAGCCUGAAUGACAGUUGAAAGAAUGAGUAUUAAGUAUCAAUACUACAAGUUAGUAAACAUUUUGUUCCCAUUAAAAUAUAUAUGUUCCUGCUAUCACUAGAGCAAGCUCUCCAGGGCUUGUCAGCUACCAAAUGAAUUACACUAUUUGACAUGAUGGCCCCUCAAAUCAACUGUGAUAGAAAAGCCUUUAUUGACCAACUUGACCUUUUUAUAUGUGUAGACUACAGGUGAAAGUUGCAAUGUACAUGUAUAGUGUAACAAUUGGCACAUGUGUAGGUGGUGGCAAUUACUAGUAAUGAGUUUACAUCAAUACCAGUUUGGAGAUCCAUUCAACAUAAACUCAUAUUGAGCGAUAGAUAGAAUAGUCAAGGAAAAUCCAUUUUAAAACUUUUAAACAUGUAUUUAUAACUGUUAAAUUGCAAUAUGACAUUUGAAGUGGAAAUAUUACUGCUCUUGACCAGCUUUAUUGUCAUAUUCUCUGUGUUUUGUUAUCUUUCAUGUCCCGGUUUAGAAAUGUGACCAUACAUUAUCUUCAUAGCUUUAUUUUAUACUUGUACUUUAAAAUGAUGCAAGAGCUAUCCAUGUUUUUACUCAUCUAUUGUUUUCUUACCCUCUACUUUGUAUUUUCUGGAGCACAAUAAACUUAGGUAGAUUAUGAUAAC